GUACCGGUUGGUUCACGGUCCAACUAAAGACAAUUUUUUUUUUGUCGAGACAGACAAUAAUAUAUUUUAUUUUUUAAAAGUCGGAGCAUAAUUAGGUUUCGUUUCUUCUUCUUUCACUAGAACUCAGCACCGCCAACGAAAUCCACAAUUCAAAGAGACUUGAGCUUCAACAGUAUACCUAAAACCCUAAACCCUACCAAAGCGAAAUCGUUCUCAACGGAAGAUGCGACCUCACUACAACCGCCCGCAGCGACCGCAACAACAACAACAGCAGAACAAUGGUUACCCUAAUCAACAACAUAAUGGGUUUCAUCAGAACCCAGGGAUGAUGAUGAAUCCACAGAUGAUGAUGAUGGGUAAUCCAAUGAUGAUGGGUAAUCCAAUGAACAAUAUGCAGAACAUGCCGCCGCCAAUACAUCCUCAGUUUUUUAACAAUAUGCCUCAACAACAACAACAACCGCUUCACCAAUUUGGUUUCCCCAACCCUAUCAACCAGCUGAUUCCAAACCUGUUGGGUAGUCUUCAGUUUGCUGCUGCUAAUAACAAUCUUAUGGGUGGUGGUCACUCAAUGCAGCCCAAUUAUUUCCAGCCUUCUGGUUUCACUUCUCAGGCGCAGCUAAGUUCCUAUAACCCCCCUCCAUAUUCUCCUCCUACACCUCAACAACAUCAGAAUCACCAAUUGGGGCCUCCAGGUUUCUCAGAGACACCACGACCACAGGUGCAGUCUUCUGUAGGAAACGUCAACAACACCAACAAUUUCAAUUCGAAAGGGAAUGAUUUUCGAAAUAAUACAAAACAACAAAAUUUCAGAGGCCCUGGUCAAGGUUUCCACAGAUCUCAGUCGUAUCAAGGAAACAAUGCAAAUAAAAAGAUUGGGUUCAACAAGAAUAAUAAGGGAAAAGGGAAGAAUAAGAAGAUGGCACCUAGGCUCUUUGGAUCUGAUGCUGGUAACGCUGAAGAAACGAAAAGACCGUACAUUCCGAACUAUCCUCCAAAAGAAGUUCAGCAAUGGCGUCAAGCUCGGCGUAAGAAUUUUCCAACGAAACUCAACGUUGAAAAGAAAGUAAAGAAAAAUGAUUCAAACGGCAGCCUUGACGAUGAAGCAAAACUGCGUCGUCAGCAACUUCGGGAAGUGUUAGCAAAGCAGCGUGAGUUAGGUGUUGAAGUAGCAGAAGUUCCUUCACAUUAUUUAUCCAAUCCAGUUGAAGAAGUUAGUGGAGACAACAGUGGACAGUUCCAAAACAAGGAUGGCAAAAAGGGAAGAUUUAGACACAAUAAGAGAAAAUAUGGUGAGAAAAACAAGUUCAAUAAAAAACGUAAGUUCCAAGACCAAGAUUCAUCUCAAGAAUCUUCCGUGACGACGAGGAAACCUACAUUGCUUGAGAAGCUCCUAAGCGCUGACAUAAAGAGAGACAAGAUCCAGUUGUUACAGGUCAUUCGCUUCAUGGUAAUCAAUUCAUACUUCAAGGAGUCGCCAGAGGAACCUCUGAAGUUUCCUUUGGUUAUGGUAGAAGAAACUGGUUGUGAACAUGCGGAGGAAGUUUUAUCCGAUGACGAUAACGAUGAUGAUGAUGUGGAUGAGAAUGGUGAUGACUCAUGUGAUGAAGUUUCUGAUUGAUAAAUUCUAAGUUCUAAGUUUGUGAGCUCGAAAACAUGGCAAGUCUUUAAGAUUUGCGGUAUCAAUCCGUGUUUCUUUUUUGAGCCGUGUUUCUUUUUGAGAAUUUCUGUGUAAAACAUGAUUUAGAGCUAAUACAACCAUGAUUUAGUAAAACA